CGGACCGGACGUGACGUAGUGUCAUUGUGGCCGUGCUGGCGGCGGGACGGUUGUGUUGUUAGCAUCGUUAGCGUCGUUAGCUCUUCCAGCAGCUCUGUGUCGGUGUCCAGUUUCAGGUUUGUUGUCGUGGUGACGCAUCGGCGUAUUUGUGGUCCAAUGGGAGACAGCGAUGACGAGUUCGACAGGAGGAGGCGGGACAAGUUCAGGAGAGAGAGGAGCGACAUGGAGCGGUCGAGAGAGAGAGAGGACAGGAGGAGGGAGGACUGGCCCGACAGGGACUGGGACCGUGGCAGAGAGAGGAGGCGAGACUACGAGCGUGGUCGCAGGGAGCGCUUCUCUCCUCCGCGACACAUCAGCCCGCAGCACAAACGCAUGAGGAGAGACUGGGACGACCACCGGGGAGAGCCGUACCGAUACGACAUGCCCUACGGAGGGGCCGGGGCUCCGUUCCCUGGGGCUGGGCCUCAGGGCUGGCACCCCGACCUGCCCCACCUCCACCCACACCACGGGGGACACCCGCUGCAGGGCAGGUUGGGCCUGGUGGACCCAGACCUGCCUCCCCCUGGUCCCCCCACCAUGAGGAGCUUCAAGGAAUUCCUGCUGAACAUGGAGGACAGUGUGGACGAGACGGAGUCGGUGAAGCGCUACAAUCAGUACAAGCUGGACUUCCGGCGGCAGCAGCUGCAGGACUUCUUCCUGCAGCACAAGGACCAGGAGUGGUUCCGCUCCAAGUACCACCCCGAUGACAUCACGGCGAGGAAGGCCGAGACUCUGGCCGCCCUCAAGACCCGUCUGGGCGUCUUCCUCUUCCUGCUGGACAACAACUGGCUGGACAACGUGUCUCUGGACAUGGACCACGCCCCCGCCAUCAUCAAGCUGCUGGACGCAGCCGUUAUAAAGAUGGAGGGAGGGACAGACCUCGACUUGCAGGUCCUCGAGAUGCCGACCGCGGGGGCGGCUGGUGGGGAGGCGAGCUGCAGCGGAGCAGGAGGAGCAACAGGAGGAGCAACAGGAGGAGCAACAGCAACAACAGGAGGAGGAGGAGCAGCAGGAGGAGAGAGGAAUCAGGGAGAUCCCAGCGGAGGACACAUGAGCGCUCCGAGUGUCUCGGAGAUUGCAGCGAGCCGGACAGACGAGUCGAGCGGCGGUGAGACGAGCAAGACAAAAGACUCCCAGAAGGAUGGUGAAGAAGAAGCCAAGCAAAAUGGAGAAAAGCAGAAAGACGAAGAGGAAGACGAGGAGGAGGAGGAGGAGGAGGAGGAGGAGAAGAAGGAGGAGGGCGAGGAGGAGGAGGAGGAGGAGGAGGAGAAGAAGAAGACCAAGACCAAGGGCAGGAAGAGGAAGCGCAGCGUGUCGGCGGACAGUGGUGAGGGCAGCGCCUCCGAGUCUGACUCCUCCCACUCCGACGGAGAGAAAGAGGAGGAGGAGGAGGAGGAGAAGGAAGAGGAGGAGGAAGAAGAGGCACAGGACGCGCGCCGUAAAGAGCGAGGGAAGGAGAGAGAGGAGGCUCCCAGCAAGCCCCGCCCCCUCCACCUCACCACCUCCCUGUUCAUCAGGAGCAUCCCACCAGAGGUCUCCAAGGAGGAGAUCACUGCUUUGUGUCGCAGGUACCCAGGCUUCCUGCGGGUGGCGCUGUCGGACCCUCAGCCUGAGAGGAGGUUCUUCAGGCGCUGCUGGGUGACCUUUGACCGCAGUGUGAACAUAAAGGAGACAUGCUGGAACCUGCAGAACAUCCGGCUCAGGGACUGUGAGCUGGCCCCGGUGGUUAACAGGGACCUGUGUCGGCGUGUGCGCAGCGUCAACGGGCUGACCCACCACCGGCCCGUCCUCCGCAACGACAUCCGGCUGUCGGCACGACUCGUCCACAGUCUGGACCAGAGGGGGGAGCUCUGGGCCGGACAGAUGGAGACGAACCCGGUCUUGAAGAACAUCACAGACUUCCUGAUCGAGGAGGUGAGCGCCGAGGAGGAGGAGCUGGUCGGCGCCGCGGGGGGAACCGGGGACGACGUCGCCGACGCCAAAGACCCCGCCUCCUCCUCUGAGGUUACCAUGGAGACGGACGACAAGCUAGUGAAGGUGUUGGACCGUCUCCUCCUCUACCUGCGUCUCGUCCACUCUGUAGAUUAUUAUAACUUCUGUGAAUAUCCUGCGGAGGAUGAGAUGCCUCAUCGCUGCGGUCUACUGCACGUCAGAGGACCGGUUCCCACAGCCAGGAUCACUGCUGCAGAGGUGAGUGAACACCAGAGGAUGUGUGAAGAGCGUCUCUCUCCUCUGCUGUCGUCCUCCGAGACGCUGAGCGACGAGGACGCUGCGAGGCUUGGGAAGAAAGAGCCAGAACAAGAGGUGGAGAAGUUUCUGUCCUCUAACACUCAGGAGCUCAGUAAAGACAAGUGGCUGUGUCCUCUGAGCGGGAAGAAGUUCAAGGCUCCAGAGUUUGUGCGUAAACACAUCCUGAACAAACACGGAGACAAAGUCGCCACCGUUAGACAGGAAGUGGAGUUCUUCAACAACUACCUGCUGGACGCCAAGAGGCCUGCCCUGCCGGAGAACAAGCCCCUCCCCCCGCCAGCACAAGCCACGCCCCCUGGUAUGCCCGGGUUCCCUGGUCAGUCGCCGCAGCAGCAAAGCCUUCUGGGAUAUCCUCCUGGAGUCAGGCCGCCCAUGCCCGGUUUCCCUGGCGGCGGCCCCCCCUACCCCCCCAACCAGUUUGGGGCAGGGCGCGGUAACUAUGACAACUUCCGAGGUCAUUUAGGAGGAGGAGGGGGAGGAGGGUUUCCAGGAAAACAACGAAACAACAGGGGUGUUCGCGGUGACCCGCGCUCCAUCAUCGAGUACCGUGACCUCGACGCCCCCGACGACCUCGACUUCUUCUGAACACUCCCACCUUUUUUUUUAUCCAACCUUUUUUAUUCUUUUCAUCGUCCUGCACCUCCUUUUUUUUUCUUUUUUUUUUAGCUCUGUGUGUGUGGGUGUGUGUGUGUGUGUGUGUGUGUGUGUGUGUGAGAGUCGUUAGUGAAAAUGAUCAUUCGACUUUCCAAUAAAGCUUCAGGACACUGAUGACAUCA